UGGCAGAGGCUGUACUUCUACAGAGCUGAAUCCCUGCGUGCAGCGCUGUAUGGGAGGAGAGACCACAUCAGUGGAGCUAAUCAAACCACAGGGCCCUGGAAUGAUGUGGGAGGACAGAAAGUCAGUGUCUGUGUACCAGAAGGCUGGGUUGUCACUUAUAUUUCAUGAUGGUGAUGAUCACAGUGUUUAUGGGGGACCCUCAGAUGGGUCAACACACAUAAGAGUCUGAUAUAGCUUGAUAUAAACUGAGGGGAACAAAGUAAGAGAUGCUAUCUUUUUCCGUAAUAAAGUGUUCUAUGUGGGUGUUUUAACCCCAAAACAGCUUCAUCAGCCAGUAAAGAAACUUGAGGAAGCAUUUCCCUGCACUUUAGCGCAAUACCAGGGAAACUCCACCCACUGCUGGGUGUCAUCCCGCGUCCAAACGUGUCAAGGAGCAAAUCAGCUUGGACACAGGCUGGGAAGCAUCAGAGCGCACUGGACAGUAGGCUGGAUUUUUCUAAGACAAGACAUCCAGAGAAAAAGCAAAAAUAGUGAUAAAGCUGCGACGUUCAUUGCGUUUAGUGGCUUUAAAAGUAUGCAGAUACGUUUACCCUGCAGGUAUCAACGUGGCGUAAAAGUGUUAUCCAACCACAGUCGUGCGUAAAAGUUGAUUUUUCCUGUGGAGACCAUGCGCAGCUUUUCGGGGCCGUGCGUCCCAGGCGAGGUACCGCAGGCCUUUCCAGUCCGGGAUGUGGCCGGUCACGGGGCUAUCUUGGCCGGACCCUCGCUGUUCUCAGCCAUCGCUUUAUCCUCCCGAGGAUCAUCAGAUCCCAGUUUGGAUGGCAGCGCGGAACCGAUGAUUCACACGUCGCCAACGGAACAGUCUCUGAUUUUGUGCAGGCCUCCCGAGAUUCUGGAGGGAGGGGAAGUGCCAGAGGAUGAGCCGAAAGUUUAUCUGGAAGCCAGCGAGCUUUGGAGACAGUUCCACAAAUGCGGCACUGAAAUGGUCAUUACAAAAUCUGGGAGGCGCAUGUUUCCGCCGCUCAAGGCCAGGUGCACCGGGAUGGACAGAAAAGCCAAAUACAUUCUCCUGAUGGACAUCGUGACGGCGGAUGACUGCAGGUAUAAGUUUCAUAACUCCCGCUGGAUGGUGGCGGGAAAGGCGGACCCGGAGAUGCCCAGGCGCAUGUACAUCCACCCGGACAGCCCGGCCACAGGCGAGCAGUGGAUGUCUAAAGUGGUCAACUUCCACAAACUGAAACUGACCAACAACAUAUCGGAUAAGCAUGGAUUUACAAUUCUCAACUCGAUGCACAAAUACCAGCCACGGUUUCAUAUAGUGAAGGCAAAUGACAUCCUGAAGCUGCCCUACAGCACCUUUAGGACAUAUGUCUUCUCCGAGACAGAGUUCAUCGCAGUGACAGCUUACCAAAACGACAAGAUCACUCAGCUGAAAAUAGACAAUAAUCCUUUCGCGAAGGGAUUCCGAGACACGGGCAACGGACGACGGGAAAAGAGGAAACUACAACAUUCAUCACAAAAGUCUAAGGAGAUGCGGAUGACUGAAUCUGAACAUCUAAAAGAUUCAUCUGCACGAUAUUCGGACAAUUUCAAAUCUUCAGAUGCUCUUGAAAGUGACAGUGACAAAGAUGACAAUGCUGAGGACAAUUCUGGUCGAGAGGUGCACAAAACCCACCGAGAAUCUGAAACAGAGCCAACGGUUUCCUUAACAGAAAGGACAGCACAGACUCCAGCUGGGACACAGAGAGAGAUUAGACUUAGCCACGCCAUCAGUACAUUAACUGAUGGAGCGGGUCGCUGUGAGCCACAAGACUCAGAGAAGGAACAAUUGUGCAAAUCAUGCAGCGAUUUCCCACACAGCUGCGUUUAUCCAUCGGAAUUACACAAACAUCUGCUGGAUCCAAGUAUCCCCAACGGCCUCCUCCCCUCAGCCCAGGUGAACACCUGGAACAGCUGUGCCACUGUGGACAGAACAGUGCCGUGUGGACUGACCAUGGCAGCACCUGUCAGGGCCCCAGGGACUCCGGGGUUUCCCAUCAGCCUUCAGCAGCACCCGCUGGUACAGGACCUGGUGAGCCUUUCACACUUUGGAGGAUUUCUGUUUUAUCCCUACUCCACCUUCUCUGCAGCGUCAGCCCAGUACCUCGUCCCACCGGGGCGCUCUCGAGUGGAUUUCAGAACCUAUGCAAGCACCCACAGCCGGGACUACUUCACCUCUCCGAUGAUAUCUGCAUCUAUUCCUCCUGUGGGUGGUGGUGGUAGUGGGUUGAAAUAUCUCACCCCUCAUUUGCUAAUGGCACCCAAAACCGACCAGAAGAACUCAGUGGAUGAAGCUGAAAUUGACUGCAGUCAAGACGAGUCACAAACCGGGUGAAAUUACUGACUUGACAGCAGUUGCUGUUGCUCUUAAGUGUCCCUGCAUGUGGUCUGCCCAUUUCCAACCUACAGUUCAGAGUCUAAAGGUUGUUUUCUCAUGGGAAUGACACUAAAUAUGUAUUGGUAAAGUCUCAUACAUCUGCAUUUUAUUGACAACAUUGCUAAAGACUGAAUCACUGUGGUGCAAAGAGCAUUUUAUUCCGACAAAUGUCACUUAGUUCAUGAACAAGAUAUUAAAGGUCCAGUGUGUAACAUUUAGGAGGAUCUACUGUCAGAAAUGGAAUAUAAUAUUCAUAGGUAUGUUUUCAUUAGUGUAUAAUCACCUGAAAAUAAGAAUCAUUGUGUUUUUGUUACCUUAGAAUGACCUGUUCAUAUCUACAGAGGGAGUAGGUCCUCUUUUACAGAGGCCUCCAUGUUGAACCACCAUGUUUCUACAGGGUGGUUCCAAACACUGGCUCUAGAUAGGGCCUUUGGCAUUCAUGAGUUUUGCUCCCACUGUAGUUUCUUCUACACACCUGGAAGGCUGAGCUGUGUGCAACUUCAUCGCUAAAUGCCACUAAAUACUACACACUGGACCUGUAAAUUGUGAUUUUAUUGGAAUUAGGUGCUGCUUGGUGGAUUAUAAAGAGGCUGAGUUAACGGCACAUUUGAACCCAGAAACAUUUAACUGACACAUUCCUGAGUUAAGUUUGGCAUAUUAAAUAACAAUAAAGCUAAGUAAAUUACUCAUUAAAAACAAAAAAGUUGAACCAUAUGAAGAUUGUUCCAUGCUUUUCAACAGUGAAACUCCCUGAAGAGUUAUUAGACAACUUCUCACACACACACACACACACACACACACACACACACACACACACACACACACACACACACACACACACACACACACACACACACACACACACACACACUUGAAAAA